CAGAGAGCUGCUCAGUCCACAGCACCUUUGUCGAGCACCCCUGCUAAGGAAACAUCAACUUCUUCUCAGGGCCUGCAGACACAGAGAACAGGGAUGACUCAGAGAGGUCAAUUCAGCACCUUCUCUGUGAGAUCAACAGCCUCCUCUCCUUAUGCAACAGCUGCCAUUUCUGCUGACACCUCCUCUUCAGGGGCAACAUCACCUGCUUCACAGUCCUCUGACACCAGCUCUCCAGCAACAACCGUCACCUCCACAGUCACCUCAGGGAACAACACUGAGGCAACAUCAUUGUUAAUGACAACCAGCUUGUCACCAAGCCCCUCAGCUGGCUCAGUGACAACACAGACAGCUACUCAGUCCACAGCACCUUUGUUGAGCACCCCUGCUAAGGAAACACCAGCUUCUCCUCAGAGCCGGCAGACUCAAGGGACAGAGACGACUCAGAGAGAUCAAGCCAGCACCUCCUCCUCUGUGAGGACAACAGCUUCGUCUCCUCAUGCAACAGCUGCCAUUUCUGCUGACACCUCAUCUUCAGGGGCAACAUCACCUGCUUCACAGUCCUCUGCCACCAGCUCUCCAGCAACAACAUUCACCUCCACAGUCACCUCAGGGACCCACACUGAGGCAACAUCAUCCUUAGUGACAACCAGCUUGUCACCACGCACCUCAGCUGGCUCAGUGACAACACAGACAGCUACUCAGUCCACAGCACCUUUGUCGAGCACCACUCCUAAGGAAACAUCAACUUCUUCUCAGGGCCUGCAGACACAGAGAACAGGGAUGACUCAGAGAGGUCAAGUCAGCACCUUCUCUGUGAGGACAACAGCUACUUCUCCACAUGCAACAGCUGCCAUUUCUGCUGACACCUCCUCUUCAGGGGCAACAUCACCUGCUUCACAGUCCUCUGCCACCAGCUCUCCAGCAACAACCACAGCUACUCAGUCCACAGCACCUUUGUUGAGCACCCCUGCUAAGGAAACACCAGCUUCUCCUCAGAGCCGGCGGACUCAAGGGACAGAGACGACUCAGAGAGAUCAAGCCAGCACCUCCUCCUCUGUGAAGACAACAGCUUCUUCUCCUCAUGCAACAGCUGCCAUUUCUGCUGACACCUCCUCUUCAAGGACAACAUCACCUGCUUCACAGUCCUCUGCCACCAGCUCUCCAGCAACAACCAGAGCUGCUCAGUCCACAGCACCUUUGUCGAGCACCCCUCCUAAGGAAACACGGACUUCUUCUCAGAGCCGGCAGAUUCAAGGGACAGAGACGACUCAGAGAGAUCAAGCCAGCACCUUCUCCUCUGUGAGGACAACAGCUUCCUCUCCUCAUCCAACAGCUGCCAUUUCUGCUGACACCUCCUCUUCAGGGGCAACAUCACCUGCUUCACAGUCCUCUGCCACCAGCUCACCAGCAACAACGUUCACCUCCACAGUCACCUCAGGGACCAACACUGAGGCAACAUCAUUGUUAAUGACAACCAGCUUGUCACCACGCACCACAGCUGGCUCAGUGACAACACAGACAGCUGCUCAGUCCACAGCACCUUUGUCGAGCACCCCUCCUAAGGAAACACGGAGUUCUCCUCAGAGCCGGCAGACUCAAGAGACAGAGACGACUCAGAGAGAUCAAGCCAGCACCUCCUCUUCUGUGAGGACAACAGCUUCCUCUCCUCAUCCAACAGCUGCCAUUUCUGCUGACACCUCCUCUUCAGGGGCAACAUCACCUGCUUCACAGUCCUCUGACACCAGCUCUCCAGCAACAGCCUUCACCUCCACAGUCACCUCAGGGACCAACACUGAGGCAACAUCAUCCUUAGUGACAACCAGAAACAUCAACUUCUUCUCAGGGCCUGCAGACACAGAGAACAGGGAUGACUCAGAGAGGUCAAGCCAGCACCCACUCCUCUGUGAGGACAACAGCUUCUUCUCCUCAUGCAACAGCUGCCAUUUCUGCUGA